GGGAGGGCGGAGUCUAGGGCUCUGUGGCGGAAGGGCUCGGGUCGCAGCUCUUGCCGGCGGGGCAGUCCUUUAAAAAAGUGCCUUCGACUCCAUCUUCCUUGCGAUGUCCAGCAUUUUGCCUUCAGAUGCUCUCGGCCGAAGAAUUCUGUGUGAUAUGGAAUAUGCAACUGUGCAGUAUGUGGGCAGUGUGCCACCUACCAAAGGGCUGUGGAUUGGAGUAGAGUGGGAUAAUCCCCAAAGAGGAAAGCAUGAUGGUAAUCACAAAGGAAUACGGUAUUUUAAAUGCAGGCAUCCUACAGGGGGGUCCUUUAUCCGUCCAGACAAGGUAAAUUUUGGUGUGGGUUUUCUUACUGCAGUGAAGAACCGCUAUGGAUUGAAUGAUGAACAAGAUGUGGCAUGUGGGAAAGACGAUGAGUUAGUCCUUGGAAAGAAGACUGUGGAACUUGUUGGCUUUGACUCAGUUUUAGAGGAACAAAGUCAGCUGAACAAAUUGGAAAACAUCUCAGUGAGAGAAUGUGCAGUGAGCCAUGUAGGUCAGAAGGAGGAAAUUAACAGAACGUGUCCUAUUAUCAAGAGUAUAGACUUAUCAAAAAAUCUGUUGUCAUCGUGGGAAACAGUGAUAGAUAUCGCUAGUCAGGUACAGAAUCUGGAAAUACUGCAUCUCAGUGAAAACAAAAUGAAAUUUCCAUCUGCUGCAACCCCUGGAUCUGGUACGUUUGACAAGCUGAGAGUUCUGGCACUUAAUCGAACUGGAGUAACAUGGGUGGAGGUUCUUCUGUGUGCUCCAGGGUGGCCAGCACUUGAAGAAUUGUACCUUGCAUCUAAUGAUAUUACAGUUUUAGAAAGGCCCACUAAUGUUCUACAGACCCUGAAAUUGCUAGACCUUUCAAGCAACCAGUUAAUUGAUGGAAAUCAGCUGCAUCUAAUAGCACAUCUCCCCAGAUUAGAAAAACUAAUACUUUCAGACACUGGAAUUUCUUCUGUAUGCUUUCCUGAUGCUGAAUUUGGGAAAAAGGCAAAAAUGUUUCCUUCGUUGAAACAUCUUGUAGUAGAUAACAACAAAAUAUCACAGUGGUCAUUUGUCAAUGAACUGGAUAAACUGCAAAGUCUGGAGUCACUGCAGUGUUGGAAUAACCCUUUGGGCCCAGAGAAGAGCCCUGAGACACUGAGACAACUAAUUAUUGCCAAAAUAGGUCAGCUGAAGUUCUUAAACAAAUCUGAGAUCCUUCCUCAGGAAAGAAAGGGAGCAGAGCUUGACUAUCGCAAAAUGUUUGGAAAUGAAUGGCUUGCAGCUGGCGGGCAUCAGGACCCUGACAAAAACAGGCCCCAUGAGGAGUUCCUUGCUGCUCAUCCCAGAUACCAGUUACUUUGCCUUAGGCACUCGUCUGAGAGCUGGCUUCAGAUUCCUGCUCUGAAUUGGUCAAACAAGGAGUGGACCCUGCGUGUCCCAUGUGCCAGGGGAGUAUUUUCAACUUCUGGCUACCACGCGUUCUGGGGUGGAGCGAUCUCCCCCUCAUUCCAUUGCUGCAUUGCAUAGGGGACCCUCACUUAGGGCUGCAGACUCCAGCAAGUGACAAGGUGGGAGGUUGCAUUGUUGGGUUUUGCACAGUCUGUGUCGCAGAACCUUUUGAUGAGUGGAGUCCUUGCCCCUAAGGGAAGCGUAACAGCGAGGGGCAGUAGAGUUCUGUACUAGUGGGAUGAUCCCAAGGACCAGGUUAUCCCAUAAAAGAUUAGUGGGUGAUUUCUCUCUGCACUGACACUGGAGAGAGAGUUUAGCUGAAACAUUUAUCUGCAGAACUUUUUCUUUGCUUUUCCUGCUUUAUUUCAUUUGACUAAGAGGUG